AAUGGGUGCAGCAAUGUGGUUCAACGUCUUAACUCGGUUAGUUUAUAAGAAGCCGCUGCCCUAGCAGCCCUGUGCGGAGCGAGCAAUUUAUUUUCUAAAGAUUGCCAUUGUAUUUGGAGAAAAAACCGUUGCUUUUAUCUUAGUUGUUCGUGCAUUGGGAUUCUUUUCGAGUUAAAUGAGUCCGUUAAGUGUUACCGUGCAGGGUGUUGUCCUCCUGUUAGUGCUUGUUAUUGAGUGCCACGCCGACACGACACGGUACAAUGUUAGCUUUGAUGAAUUGCACAGAUGCAAGCAGCACAACGCUAUCAAUGGGUACAACUAUCGGGCGUUCUUCAAGCUGCACGAGCUAGACCAUCAUAAUCCAGCUAACGCUGAUCUGAUCGUCGAUCUGCUGGUGUACGUGCUGGCUGCCCGCGACGGUCACAUCCUGCUAUCGGAACAGAACAAAACGGCACCGACUGCAUUGGAAAUAGUGCUCGGCGGCGGUGGCAACACAUUUUCACAGAUACGCUUCGGACAGAAGGGUUCGCCGUUGCGCACGAAGGCGAGUGCUGGACUGCUGUCACCGAUUGAUCCACUUCCGGUGCGGGUACGUAUCAACACCGAAGGACAGGUCAGGGUGUAUGCAGGCAAUCUUACCGGUGAACCGUUCAUGGAAACGAUGAUGCCCAAGAAGAACGCCAGCGAGCUGAGAUACGUCAGCUUUACCACGUGGGGCACGGCAUUAGCGAAAUGGUUCUACGAUUGUCCACUGCCGGCGAAUAGUACCAACGGUACGGCGUUGAUCGACGGGAACGAGCUGGAGCAGGAGUUCGAUGGUAAGCAGCGGUUGUUGGACCAUCUGCUGGGUGUCCCACGGUGGAUCGACCCACCGGUGAACUUUAGCGGGGUGCAGAUAUCCCAAAUGUACAUACAGGGGUUCGUUUACGAUCAGACGACUAAUCUGGUGGAGCUGUCGGGUGCGAUGGGGCUGUCCUGGAAGGAUCCCAGGUACCGCUGGAACGCAUCCGACUUCGACAAUACGACUGUCGUUGGUGACGUUUGCCACCUGAUAUGGACACCAUCGUUUCAGUCGGCUAGUCUGUUCACCGGAACAUUCUCGCUGUGUUACCUGUUAUGUUCCUUUCUUUCUAUGCGGUUAUUACUCAGAGAGGUACACGCGUUUGUAACAUAA